CAGGACUCACCGUAGUGAUAAGGGUCCACAAAGUAAAAACUUUAAUAAGAAAAGUUCUCAACAAAACAAAAUUCAACAUCAACGUAAAAGAAAUUAUUCUAUUGAAAAAUCUUUUUAAAAAAUUAGAUCAGGGUGAUUUAUAAGGCAGCUUUGUAUUACCAAGUAUAAUUAAAGAUGUUCCUGACAAUAUUUACAGUCUUCCUCAUCACGGAAGUGAGUGUUGGUUGUCAAAAGCAAGCAGUCUCCUUCGACAUGAAUGAACAGGAUAUCCAACUGGAACGAUCUUCACUCUCCUUUUCUGAACUACCGGAUUGUCAAAAAUCAAAAGCGUCUAUCAAAUUAAAUCUCUCAAAAAUGGGUAUAAACAACAUAACCGAUCACUUUACAGACAGUCCUUUAUUUACUUGCCUCAAUCUCGAAGGCAACGAAAUCGUCACCAUACCAUUUGGGGUGUUUGAUGACCUUCCGAAUUUAACAUACCUCAACCUAGCCAAUAAUCACAUUCCAGCUUACAACCUUCUAUCAUUCGGUGGUCAUAAAAAGCUCGACACAUUAAUUCUUGAUGGAAACGUUCCAACUUAUUCUCACACAUUUGCAGUAAAUGGAUAUUUCCCAGAACUGAAAUCCUUAUUCUUGAGAAGAAAUCUUCUCGAAUACUUCCCUAAUGAUUUCCGUUUCCACUUUCCAAGUCUCAGCCAUCUUUACUUAACCGAUAAUAUUGUGAACGUGACAAAUUUAUACAAUUUUGUAAGCAGCAUGCCAGCUUCUGUAACACAUUUGUAUCUCGAACAAAAUGGUAUUAGAGUAUUUAGAACUUCAGUCUUAAACAAUAUCACUGAACUUUAUUUGGAUGGAAAUGAUUUUAAGAAUAUUGAUAGGUCUUAUGAAAAUACUUUGGAUCCAAGCAAUACUCCAACUAUGCAGGAACUCUCUCUCAGGUAUUGUAAAAUUGAAAAGGUUGGAGCAACAGCUUUUUAUGGCACAUACAAUUUAACAACUUUGGAUUUGUCUAAUAACUACAUUUAUGAAAUUCCUGACGGAUUGUUUAAUGGGGUAUCAUCUUUAAAAAAUUUGUCUCUCAGUUAUAACUUAUUAAAGGAAAUCCCCAAAGCUAUUUCACUUUCUUGCUUGAAGAAAUUAUACUUGAGUCAUAAUAAAAUUCAAGAUGUAAGACAAUUGAGUAAUCUUACUGGACUUCGAACUUUGUCACUCAGGGGAAAUAAUAUUACUCAUUUAAAUGCUGGCGUCUUUGCAAAUCUGACUAAUUUAAAGGAUUUGGAUUUGGCUGAAAAUAAUAUUCACUACCUACAGCCAGAUUCUUUAGAGACUUUGAAGGGCCUGACAUUCUUGAAUUUGAACUUUAAUAAAUUAUCGAGUGUAGAAUCACUUUUUAUGAGAAAUAAUUAUUCUCUGGAACAAUUGUAUCUUAAGGAAAAUCCUGUUAUUCGUAUCACUGCUACUUCUUUGAUCAAUUUACCUGAGAACUUGACUGUUCACAUGGGACCAAUGAGAACGUCAGAUUCACAUCCAAAGCUGUUUGAAUCUAGUGAGAAUAAAGAGGAUAACAAAAGUUUGUCUUUGGAAGAAGAGGAGGAAUUGAAAAUUCAGGUUCAGCGUUAAAAAUAAUAAGUUUGUCGAUUUUGAAAUAAAACAAGCAUGGGUAUGAAUGUGAUUGGCAACUGCUUCCAUGAACUUCGAUGUAUCAUGAUUUUUUAUAACAAAUAAAGCAGAAAAGUAGUUUUAUGUCA